CCGCCGGUCUCGAUGGUACGAGGCCUCACGCUUGCGCGAUGGGCGCGGCGGCAGACGCUGGGCGGGCCGGCGAGCGGGACGCGCGGGGCGGCGGAGCGGCGCCGGCCUUUGCAGGUAUGCAAAGAAGCCUUGUCACCCAGAUGUCCUCAGAGCUAAUAUGGAUCAGUCCGGAGUUCUCCUCUGGGUAAAAGCGGAACCCUUUUUAGUGGGUGCCUUGCAAAUGCCCCCUCCCUCCAAGUUCAGCCUUCACUACCUCAGGAAGAUCUCCACCUACGUGCGCACGCGGGCCAGCGAGGGAGCGUACCCACGCCUCUACUGGUCGGCAUGGAGGCACAUCGCGUGCGGGAAGCUGCAGUUGCCUAAGGACGUGGCAUGGCUUUACUUUGAAAUAUUUGAGGGUCUUUCGGUGAAGACCCCUGAGGAGCGCCUGGAAUGGUCUGAGCUUCUGUCCAACUGCACGUCUGAGGAUGAAGUUGAAAAGCAGAGAAACCAGCUAUCAGUGGACACCCUGCAGUUUCUGCUCUUCCUAUACAUUCAGCAAUUAAACAAGGUCUCCCUGAGGACAUCUUUGAUUGGAGAAGAGUGGCCUAGUCCCAGAAGUAGACCUCAGUCUCCUGACCUGACUGAAAAAUCAAAUGGUCAUAAUAAGAAUUGGAAUGAUUACAGUCACCAGGCUUUUGUCUCUUACCAUCUGUCAGAUCUCCUUGAACUGCUUUUAGAUCCAGAACAACUCAGUGAAUCGUUUCAUUCAACUCAUAGUAGUCUAGUCUCUCGGGAAGGUGUCAUGGCACUGAGCUUUCUUAUUGAAGGUACAGUAAGUGGAGCCAGGAAGAUCUAUCCACUUCAUGAACUUGCGCUGUGGCAACCGCUGCAUGCAGAAAGUGGCUUCUCAAAGAUCUCUAAGACUUUUUCUUUCUACAAGCUGGAAGCCUGGUUGAGAGCCUCUUUGACUGAAAAUCCAUUUGGUACAUCUGCUUGCCUCAAGUCUGGAAAGAAAUUGGCUUGGGCUCACCAAGUUGAAGGUACUGCCCGAAGAGCUAAGAUUGCCUGCAAUACUCACGUGGCCCCUAGGAGGCACCGCAUGGUGGUGAUGAGCCAGGUUUGCAAACAGACAUUGGCCAAGAGCUCAGAUACUCUGCUGGGGGCACAUGUGAAGAUUCACCGCUGCAAUGAAUCGUUUAUAUAUCUGCUUUCUCCCUUACGAUCUGUGACAAUUGAGAAGUGCAGGAAUAGCACCUUUGUCUUGGGCCCUACAGAGACUGCUCUUCACCUCUACAGCUGUGACAAUGUUAAAGUCAUUGCUGUUUGCCGUCGUCUUUCCGUCUCUUCUACAACAGAUUGCAUCUUUCACAUUCUGACGCCUACACGCCCACUUAUUCUCUCUGGAAACCAGAGAGUAACAUUUGCCCCCUUUCAUACCCAUUACCCGAUGCUUGAGGACCAUAUGGCCAGGACUGGCCUUGCUACAGUGCCUAACUAUUGGGAUAAUCCAAUGGUCGUGUGCAAAGAGAACAGUGACACAAGUGUCUUCCGACUCUUACCACCUUCUGAAUUCUAUGUAUUUAUUACUCCCUUUGAAAUGGAAGGGGACACAACAGAGAUACCUGGGGGUCUUCCAUCUACAUAUCAAAAAGCACUGGACCUAAGAGAACAGAAGAUUCAAAUCUGGCAGAAAACCGUGAAGGAGGCUCAUUUGACAAAGGAUCAAAGGAAGCAGUUCCAGGUUCUUGUGGAGAACAAGUUUUAUGAAUGGUUGAUUAAUACGGGACAUCGCCAACAGCUGGACAGCCUUGUGCCCCCUACAGUAGCCUCCAAACAAGCUGCAGGAUAGGACUCCUAUGUCAAAACAAGGGCCCUAAAAGCAGAGGAUGAAUGGAGGACGGUGUUCUCAUCUGAGAACUAAAUGGGGAAGAUGCUCUUCCUGCUCAGGAGACUUCAAGGGUGUUUUCUGUUUCAGUCGUUUCCUUAUUGCCAUUCCCUACUCAGUUGUUACUGUUCAGGUUGAAUUUUAGCUCAGUUUCUGACUUUCUAGUGAACAUAUUGCUUACAGAACAUCAGAACACUCAUCUUUGUGAUGCUAAACUGAUAAAGUUGAUGAAGGCAGCCCCAUAGUAUAUAUGUUAAUAUUAAUGUAACUAUAGGUUUACAAGUGUAUUUAUAUUUUAAUUUGUAUUAUGAAAGGAUUUCUUCCUUUCUGGAGUCAAAAAGGGUUUUUUAGUUCUUUGUAACUACUUAAAAGGAAAUUACUACUCUGAAAAAAUACUUAGAAUGAAAGUAUGAUUUGUUGGUAUUUGAAAAUAGCAGAGAUAGUUUUAUACAAAGAUAUUUUAAUCUUAAAGUAUGAAACUUAAUGGAAUUGUGUAAGGUCUUUAUUUUGUAUUUCCUGUUUCAAAUUUUUAAUAAACUUGAAAAAGUAGUUUGCUCCUUUUAAUAAAAAAGAUUGUUAAUUCUCAAAACUUUUCAGUGUCAUUCUGUGACAUUAUAUGAAGUAAAUUUUACGUUUGAUUGGGUAAGCCUGUUCUUUCAGAUAAAGGAAAUAUGAUCAAGUUAAUGAAAUGAAAUCUGAUUGUUGAACAACAUUGAUUCGUAUACUUGGACAUUUAAUUAGUAAUUAUAUCAAAAAAGGGCU